AUGCAGAUCUCACCUUCAAGACAAUUAGUUCCGGAUGACUUUGAAUUUGUGGAUGCUUUGAUUCUCAGUGCAGCCAGUCCAGAAGAAUCCUUUAAGAAGUUCUAGAUCUUGGCAAACAAACACAUUGACACUCUGAGAAGGAUAACGAAAUCAAUUCAAGAUGCAAGAUUGAAUAGAGAUAACGAGGGAAUUAAGAAAUCUCUUAAGGAAUUCGAUGAUUGUUUGGAGAAGUUCAUCCCUGUAUUGAUGGCAUAGGCCAAAAUAUAUUGGGAUAAGGAUAAUUAUUCAUAAGUGGAGAAACUAUUCAGACAAUCAGCAGAAUUUUGUGCUGAUCAUGAUGUAUGGAAAUUAAAUGUGGCUCAUGUGUUUUAUGUGCAAGACAACAAAUAUCGAGAGGCCAUUCGCUAUUAUGAACCCAUUGUUAAGAAGAAUAGUGAUAAUUUAUUGUCGUUGACUGCAAUAGUGGUUGCAAAUUUGUGCGUUAGUUACAUCAUGGUCAAUCAGAAUGAAGAUGCUGAAGAGUUGAUGCGUAAAUUGGAAAAGGAAGAAGAGAAAUCACAGUAUCAAGAUCCUGAGAAAUCAGUGUAUCAUCUAUGCAUUGUCAAUUUAGUUAUAGGAACACUCUAUUGUUCAAAGAAUAAUUACGAAUUUGGUAUCUCUAGAGUUAUCAAAUCACUUGAACCAUAUAACAAGAAAAUUAACACAGAUACAUGGUAUUAUGCCAAGAGAUGCUUCCUUGCUUUGAUUGAAGUCUUGGCUAAACAUAUGAUUAUUCUAAAAGAUACCUCCUAUAGUGAAAUCCUGGAUUUCCUAGAUGCAACUGAUUAAUGUGGCAAAUCUAUUCCUUCUGUUAUUAACCCAUUGGAACAACUUGAUGAGAAACAUACAGUUUCAUACGAAUCCAGAAUGAUUAAGAGGAUGUUUCUAAAAUUAAGAACAUGAAAUUAUAUAUAUAUAUAUAAUAUGUUUCCGAAUAUAUCAAAAA